UAUACUGGAUGUUCUAUUUUAUAGGUGAAGGCAGAGGUAACAACACAACCAAUAUGGAUAACGACAAGAACAUCGAGAUGUGGAAAUUCAAGAAGCUGAUCAAAUGACUAGAUGCUGCCCAUGGAAACGGGACAAGCAUGAUAUCGCUGAUCGUGCCACCCCGUGAUCAGGUAUGUCGAGUCACCAAGCUGUUGGGUGAUGAACAUGGGACCGCCUCAAACAUCAAGAGGAGAGUCAACAGGCAGUCUGUCUUGGCAGCUAUUACCUCUGCCCAGCAAAAGUUGAAGCUGUACAAUCGAGUUCCCACCAAUGGAUUGGUGCUUUACACCGGAACCAUCCUCACCGAUGAGGGGAAAGAAAAGAAGGUCAGCAUUGAUUUUGAGCCAUUCAGGCCAGUUAAUGCGUUCAUGUAUCUCUGUGACAACAAGUUCCACACCGAAGCACUGCAUGAGAUGCUCGAGUCCGAUGAUAAGUUUGGCUUCAUUGUCAUGGACGGUAAUGGAGCGCUGUUUGGAACCCUGAGUGGCAACACUAGGGAGGUUCUACACAAGUUCUCUGUUGAUCUCCCAAAGAAGCAUGGCCGAGGAGGGCAGUCAACACUUCGCUUUUCCCGCCUGCGCGUGGAGACCCGGCACAACUAUGUGCGCAGGACGGCUGAGCUUGCUACUAGAUUCUUCAUUGACCCUGCCACUAGCCAGCCAAAUGUUUCUGGUCUCAUUCUAGCUGGUUGCGCUGACCUCAAGACUGAAUUGAGUCAAUCUGACCUGUUUGAUCAGCGCUUGGCAGCCAAGAUACUGAAGGUUGUCACUGCCUCUCAUGGUGGAGAGGAUGGCUUCAACCAGGCCAUUGAGAUAUCUGCUGAAGUCCUUUCCAAUGUCAAGUUCAUCCAAGAAAAAAGGUUGAUGGGAAAGUACUUUGAGGAGAUAAGCCAAGACACUGGGAAGUAUGUUUCUGGUGUGGAUGACACCAUGUCUGCCCUUGAAAUGGGUGCAGUUGAAACACUGAUUGUGUGGGGAAAUCUUGAUAUCAAUAGAUACAUCUUGAAGAAUUCUGCUACCGAAGAAACUGUGGUAAAGCACUUCGACGAGGCACAGGAGGCAGAUCAGAGCAACUUCAAAGAUAAGGCGACAUCGGCAGUGUUGGAGGUGGUUGAGAGGACCGUGCUGCUGGAGUGGUUUGCCGAAAACUAUUGGCAGUUUGGUUGUGCGCUGGAGCUCAUCACGAACAAUACGGAGCAAGGAUCUCAGUUCUGUUCGGGCUAUGGUGGGAUAGGAGGGAUCCUCCGCUACCGGGUUGACUUGAACGCUUACGAAGACCCAUCUGAUGAGGAGUAUGAUGAAGGCUUUGAGGAGCACCUCUACUGAAACUCCAGUGAAUUCAGUCCGGGAGGAGCCUGCCGUAGCCUGGAACCAGAACGCUCCGCGACAGGAGGCCGAGGCAUCUACAAGCUCAUCCAGGAAAAAUUAAGCAAGACGGGAAGACUAAAGAAACGGUGAUAUGAAGCAUGUUGCUGCUGCAUAAGUGAAGUCCUCUCAGCGUGAUUGGGAGGAAUUCUGAUCUCCAUCAGAAGAUUAUCCUAUUUAGUACUGCCAUUAUUAGCAAGAAGAAUCAUAGUUAUAAGUUACUAUUAAGCGUCUCUUGUGUGAUGCUCGAAUUUGUGUGUUAAGUUUGUGGGCUGCUUAUCUGAA